CAGCCCUGCCCUUUUGAACACUCGUCACAAUCUUCUCAUCCGUACCUGAAAUCUGCUUUCCUCUUCCUUAAGGCAUUUCCUGACUUUCCCAACCGAGCCGGCACGUGACCAUGUCAAAUAUCGAGAACACGCGGCCCCGAUAUAUCGGAACGAGGUCUCUACGGAAUUCUGUUGGGUCCAUUGUGUUCAACUUUGUGUUCAACGGUGUGUUGUUCCGCGUUGUCGCAGCUACCCCCGACGAUGCUGGUGAAGCCUUGGUUCCUGUUGAUUACGAUUACGACGAGUCCAUCGAAGGCAAAAUCAUCAACGAAAUCAUCGACCUGUCCAUGCUUGAAGGGGACGCGGCGCGGGACGCGGCAAACCAAGAAGCAACCGAACGGCUGAAAAUGCAGCUGGCUGACCUGGCCGCCGAUGUGUGCCUCCCGACCAUGCGGCGCCUGGCACCGAGCCAGCUACCGGCGGUGCAAACACUGCAGGACGAGCUCUACCGCCCGACCUAUGCUCUACAAGUUCUCACGGAGGGCAACAAGCUGACGUGUCUGACGCUGGACGGCUACACGGGGAUCCCAGAGCGCCACCCACCCGUACCCGACGAGAGGCUACGGGCAAUUGGACUCGACCUUGACACCACCGAUCUUCUUGUUGUCAAGCCAUCGCAGGUUAUCCUGGUUCGGCGUCUACAACACUUGGUCUCGGCGGUAACGGUGGACGGUGAAGAAAUGGUUUGCAAGGCCUCGCUUGACCUCUUUGAACAUGCAGUUGGCGAUGAACUUGCGACGUAUCUGAAAAUAAGAGCGGCCGGGGUCAAGUUCAAGAUACCCGAGCUAAAAGGCAUCAUACGAUCCCACCGCGGAGUGGUCGGCAUCCUGCUUUCCUACAUCCCUCAUAAGCACCACAGUCUCCACACCAUCCUGGCCGGUGUUAAAGAAGGCACCAUCCCAGCCAGUGAAGCGACCCCAUCGUCGCGGCAGAGGUGGGCGUGGCAGAUUAAGGAGACUGUGGCGGGCCUGCAUGGCGUAGGAAUUCUCUGGCGAGAUCUCAAGACCCACAACAUUCUCAUCGAUGACAACGGUGACGCCGUCGUGCUUGACUUUGGCGGAGGGAACACGGUAGGUUGGGUCGACAACGACAAGUACGCCACCAUGCAGGGCGAGGAACAGGGGCUUGGGAAAAUAAUGGAGGCCUUGGGAGUACAGGAUUUGGGCCUGGUGGGCGGUGUUGGGGUUGAUGAGGCCUGAUGGCUUGUCCGCUUUUUUGUUUGUUUGCUGCUAGAAGUUCCGUAUCUGCUUGGAGUGGUCUAGAACCGCAGCUAUGAGGACAGGAAAGCGGGCCUUUUGAACAACUAGGACCAGAAGCCGUAGUUGUUAGAGAGAGAGUGAAACCGCGACUCUGGACCUGGUGUUUGCAAUGUGUAGCGGCCGAGUUGCCCUGGGCAGGUACGGGGUAAGACCGUUUACAGGGAUAAAUUCAAUUUUUUCAGGCGC